AUGGCAUUUCACUUGAAACUCGCUUCCCCUUGUAUCAAUCAGAUCAAUCAUGGCUACAGUAACGUGCGCAACCUGAACGUCCGACUUGCGCCAGCGACAUCACCAACGUCAAGCACAUCUUUGCGCUGUUGUGUCAUCAACGUCCUCAACUACAUUGACCGCGGCAUCGUGCCUGGUGCUCCCAUUCAGUUCCAAUGGUUCAUUCACCACACUCUGGACAUCGCUGCGGACCGGGUGUCCAUUUACAUUGGGCUUCUCGUGUCAGUGUUCAUCGCGUCGUACUCCGUCUUCAUCUGCGUGUUCGGGUACCUCUCGAUCCGCCGGCGUCCGUUCCGCCUGGCUGCGUUUGGUCUAAUUCUGUUGACACUGUCCAUCGCCCUUUGUGGCCUCGCCAGGCCCAUGAAGAAUUACUACUUGCUUCUCGUGGGUCGCCUUCUCAGCGGCGUGGGGGAGUCCUCGUUCCAAGCGGUAACCCCGUCGUUCAUCGACCAGCACGCUCCGCCUCACAAGCGAACACUGUGGCUCGGGCUCUUUGGCUGCGCCAUCUCGGCAGGCACAGCGCUCGGGUACUCGUACGGAAGUCUUACCGCCCAAACCAUCGGGUGGGACUGGGGCUUUUACCUCACCGCGAUUGCUAUGGCGCCCCUCGCGUACAUGUGCUACACCGGCAUUCCCGCCCGCUUUGAUCUGCCCAUGAUCCAAGAAACCACGCAGCCCCACCAAGACGUGAUUGCGGACGACAUGCGGCGAGGCAGUUCGCUGACCAUCUCAUUCCUGCCAGAGCUGUGGAGCGUCAUGCAGUCGCCACUCUUCCUCACCGCGACCUUUGGCUGGGCUGCGUACAGCUUUACCCUGGCCGGCCUGGCAUCGUUCGGCCCGGCGAUUCUCAUUGGAUCCAACAUCCUCGACGAAAAGUACGCGUCGACGGCGUUUGGCGGCAUUGUCGUGCUCGCGGGGCUCGUAGGGUCCCCCCUUGGGGGAUUUGCCGUGGACUUUCAAUGCAAAGCCCAGGAGUCGGACGCCGACCACCGGCUGUACGUGGUCACGCGGCAAAUGUUUGUGCUCGUGUCGGGUGGCGUCGCGUGCGUGUUUGGGUCGGCUGCGAUGAUGGACGUCGCCGCCGCCUUCUUGGCGUUCCUCUUUGGCGGCCUCGUCCUGCUCUUCAUGACACAGUCCGCGUUCACCGUGUGUGUCCUGCUCAGCGUGACCCGCAGUCGCCAAGGGUUUGCGCUGGGGCUGAGCACGUUUUUGCUCCAUUUGCUCGGCGACGUGCCGUCCCCCAUCUUGCUCGGGUACCUCAAGGACCAGUGGGCCCCGGACUGCGGCACCGUCGUGGACGAGGUCCUGGACAGUGAAGUGCUGAACCCAAUGUGCAGCGUCACAGGCAAAGGCGGGCUUCAGCGGCUGCUGUUCUUUGCCUAUGGAUGGCUCACCAUGACCGCAUUCUUCUGGGGACUGGCAUUUCUGCUCGGCCGCCGACAACUGUUAAGACCACAGAAGCGGUCCAUGUUUGACACAGCUAUCCCCAUGAUGGGAUCAGUCUAG